CGGGGACGCCAUCGCGAAGCAGCUCGCGGGCGUCGCGGAUGCGCUCCAGGAGGCGCCGAAGCCGCAGACCAAGUCGCACGCCGCGCGCUUGGCAGAGACGGCGGAGGAGCUCGAGCACGCCAACAAGCAGUACAAGUGGGCGUUCGAGCAGGCGGAGAUCGCGCAGCAGAAGGCCGAGAAGGCCAAAUCCGCCCUGCAGGAGCGCGUGGGCGCGGUCGUCGCGCAGGCCGAGCGCGCGGUCGAGGAUGUCCGGCAGGAGGGCAGGCCGAGCGCGCGAUCGAGCCAGCGCAGCAUCUUCGAGCAGCUGCUCGACACGGGUCGCAAGGCGGUCGACGACGCCAAGCGUCAGGUGCUGGAGCAGCUGCAGAGGGACACCAGGGAGUUCGCGGGCCAGCUGAAGCAGCACCUCCAGGCGGCGAGGCUGAAGGCGGAGCAGGAGAAAGCCGAGAUCCAACGGGCCGCAGCAGCCGACGACGACGAGCCCACGGGGAGGCAGUUUGGCGACGACUCCCACCUCGAGUGCCCUACCUUCUGCGCCAACAUCACUCGGUGGGGCCCGGCGGUCAUGAGUUGGCAUGGAGCACGGCAGCCGCGCGACGUCUACGCGUUGCAGGCGACCCACCUGGCCCACCACGGGCUCGACAGCACGGAGCACAAGCUGCAGCAGGCGGGUUUCUCAGCAGCGUUCACAGCAGCGCGGGCAAGCGACAGAAGCGAGACAUGCACUUGCGGAGGCACGGCAGUUCUCGUCAAGGGCCACCUCAUGGCGACGCCGCGCCGACACCAGGGACCACGCGCUGCAGUUUCGGGCGCAACCACAUCAGACGCCCACGGCUCGCAGCACGACACCUUCAACAUGUGCGACUGGACGUUAGUCACUCUGCGCAUGCGCGGUUCACAGCUCCUCAUUAUCCCCAUCUACCUGGGCCCGUCCCACUCCACCACCAGCGGCGAGAACUCGAGGAAGUUAGCGUCGCUGGCCGCGUUCCUCAGCACGGCGCACACCUUGGUUACUCUGCG